UCCUCAUUUAGGAAUUUUGUCAAAAUCAAUCCAAAAGGUUUAAGAGAAAAAGAAAAAGGUAAAAAGAAAAACAAACUAGAGAAGCUGACCAGGGAAGUGGCUGAAAAUCCGUAUUUCCCAGCUCAUCGCCUGAAUAUAAAAAAUGUGGCAGCUGUAUGAAGGAUGGAAAGAGAUUCUGAAGAUCCAAAAGUUCCGUAGAAUUGUGUCCUAUACUGGAUUCUAUUGUUUCACUGCACUCAUCACAUAUGCAUACACCAACAACACGACUAGAGCGGGGCACUCUAGAGAUGACCAAUUCUAUGCUUCUUAUCCGGCUGGAACAGAGCUCCUUACUGACACAGCUAAGUUAUAUAAAGCAGCGUUGGGCAAUGUUUUUGAAGAGGAAGAAUGGGGACCAAUCGAAUGGUGCGUCCUGGCUAAACAUUUUGAACGCCAAGGGAAAUCACCAUAUGCAUAUCAUUCUCAAUACAUGGCACACCUCGUUUCUCAUGGACAGCUAGAUGGGAGUGGCUAGCGAGAGCGCAUGCAGUAGCAGCAAACACCUCCUUUACUGACGAGUCAACACCUCUCAUCUACAUCUUGAGCAGCCUUAAAUCAAUGCUUGAAGUAAAUUAUGCAGCUGCGGCUUUGUUAGUAACUUCUUACGCCCUGACAUUUAUUGGCUUUACGGAACACAUUUUAUACAAUCCAAAGAUGCUGAAAAUGUUAUACUUUGAAUACUCUUAAAUCAAGAUUCAUAUUAGCGGAUCUUUUUGUAAUUGAAACUUCCCUAAUUUCUGCUCCUUUUAUAAAUUGAGGGUGGUUAUUCCUUCACUGCCAGUUUGGUUUAGAAAA